AGAAAAUCCUUCAUUUCGUUUGUUUACCUAUUCAUCAUUAUAUGCCACAUGAUACCGCAUGAAUCUAUGACAGGUGAGUCAGAACCUACAGAUGACAGCACACGGCAUAAUGAAGGAGACACUGAAAAGGAGGUGCUAGCAUCAUCCUCAUCACCACAAAGAGAGGAUUUGAGUCUGGUGCCGGUUCCGGAGUACGACGACCGAUGUCAGAAUGCAAUAGAGAAAAUAGCCAAGGGUGAUAUACCUGUAUGGAAUAUCCUUCCUCUGUACCAUAUGUACACUUCGACGGUGUCGAAAAGUCUAGCAGUGGGUAAUGAUGACCAAUCUUUCGAGCCUCCAACAUACGAUGAUUUGUCCACGACUUCAUCAAAUGGGAUAGUAGCUGGUUCUACGUUCACAUUGUCUGCUCACACGUCCAACGUAGAAAACUCUACGACCCCCGGAACUCCCAACCCCAACUUGAUUGUCGCCGAUGAAGGCUCCAAUCUGUGGGAGAAUACAAUUCUUGAUAAUAUCCACACUCUUACAAACUUAUCUGAUUCUGAUAAUCCCAUUGCAAAGGCGUUGAAAAUCGAAAUAUACUUCACCGAAGACGUUGGUGAAUCGGGGAUGAAGCCAACCAUUAUUGACCCGCUGAACUUUGAAUAUAAACAGGGAGACUUGAUCAAUGGAUAUAUCAAGGUACAGAACACUUCAUCGGAGGAGAUCCCAUUUGAUAUGUUUUAUGUACUUUUCGAAGGAGUUUUCAAGAUCCGAGGGACUCCCAAUGCAAAUAACCCAGAAGGAGACUUGGUGAUCAAGAAAUUUUUGGAAAUGUUUGACUUUAGUGCAUCAUGGCAUUAUGGAUAUAUCAACAGAUUGGUUUCCGAAUUCACCAAGCCAAACCAAUACCCUGAAUAUGUUGACCCCAUAGAUGACACCCAUUAUUCAUUUGGAUUUGAGAGAACCGUGAAACCUUUUAUCACUCAUAAGCGAUUCUUCACAUUCAAAAUUCCCGAUAAGUUAUUGGACUCUACAUGUCAACAUAGUUUGUCUAGUCAUAUUGAAAUUCCUCCUAGUAUAGGUAAUUCACUGGGGAAACUAAACCUUACUAAUAUGGGGGACUCUGAGGUUCGAGACUUUGCAUUUAUUGAUACCAGUAUCAGUUAUAGAGUACAUGCUAGGUUCAUUGGAAAGGCCUCUCAGUAUGGAGUAUUACCGGUUAAGAAACCAGUGGAGGCAACUCUUGUUGAUUCCGCCGGUGAUGAAUAUCUUAUUCUUAAAGAUACCCAUCAAAUGAUUCGAAUCAUUGAAGAAAAGAACAAAUUGACCAGCUUGGAAACGAGAGCCAAUAGGGAAAGCAUCAAAUUAUUCUAUGAUAAUUUUGUCGCCCGCAUAGAUGAAAUUAUUGAAUUUGGUAAGAAUAUACUUUCAUCAAGAUCUAUUAGUCCCGUUAGUAGUAGAGAACAGAGUAAUAUACUUGGCGCUAUCAUUUCCCCUCGUGGUGAUUUGGUAGAACCAGAGUUACUGACAACGAUAUCUGCAAACUCAACGAUGGACAGGGAACUCGCUAAAUGUCGACAAUUAUAUAAACCCGUAAAUGGAGGUGGAAAGUCAAAAAGCUCCAUGGCGCUUGGUUUGGAUAAUGAUGUCUACAAGAUCUUUUACCCCAUACAAAAGAAAACUUUAACUGGAGCCACCAAGUUUCUAGGUACAAUGGUUAUAACCACCCCUAAGAUUCAUUACAAAAUUAAAUACAUCCCACCAUCUCAUUUCCAUGCCGAGGAACCAGAUACUUCAUCAUGGAUUCUCAACGUGCCAAUCAACAUUGAAUAUGUUCUUCUGCUGAGUGCCAACUCGUCUAGGAAAGGUGUCAAACUUCCAGAAAUUAAAUCAAUUGCGAUGGAAUUGAUAUCACUUACAAUAAAAUCAAAUGGGGAAUGUAUACCUGUGGAAUUCAAUCAUGGAAUGAUCUUCAACAACAGUCACCAACAAUUCAAGAAAUUGAUCUUUGAAACUAAUUACUUUGAAGAGACUGUCGUCAAGCCGAUGUUACAGAAGGCUAAAGAAGUUCAAAAUCUUUCUUCAAAAUUAGGUUCGCAACUAUUCCGGAUGGAUGCAAAUCUUUCUCGGGACUUGAAGAAUAUUUGUAGAUUAAAAACCAAAAAUAUGAAUUUAGCGGUGGAAGAUGUGAAGAUCAGAGAUAAUAACUCUACUGCAUCUACGCUGAAGAAUCUGGCUUCGUGGAUUAUUAAAGACAAACAAACUAAUCUGGAUGCACCAACUACUUAUAAAAUGGACCUCACUGCUGUUUGCGAUUUGACAACCGCUAGAGUAAAAUCCGCCGAAUCCCCUGUCAAUACCAAGGCAUAUGAUAAUUUCAACUUAGUUCCUGAUUUCCAAAUGUGUCAAAUGGCACGUUUUUAUUACUUAAAAAUAUUUAUUACGCUACUGAAGGGUGAAAUCAUCCUCUUGAAUGUUCCUGUUGAAGUUCAGAAAUAGAUUUAAUAGACAAAUACACGAAUAAAAUAGAGAAAUUCUUGAUUCAUUUUUCAUAUAUAUCUUA